AUGCAGAGCUCCAUUGCCGAUCCGCUGGUCCAGCACCAGAACCCGCAGCAGCAGGCGGCGGGCAGAAGGAAGCCGGGCUCAAAACAAGCACUGUUCCGGAGUGUUCUCCUCGCGUUAACAAUUUUGGGCUCGGGCGUGCUGGCGGGCCUGUAUUUCAUUUUCUCGGUGUGCGUGAUGCCCGCCUUGGACGAAUAUCAAAUGCAAAUACGUCUGGGUCUGGAAGAAUGGAAGUUUGUCAUGCUUGUCUGACAUCGCCCUCAAGUCUGUCAUACAAAUUACCGCCAAAAGCCCUACUUUUCUGUCAUGCAGAAGCUCACUGUGUCAUGCAGAAAAGCCAAGUAGACUGUAGCACCUCCAAAACUUGUCAUGCUUGCCAGUCAAUUCAUUGAGGCGUCCUCGUCUUUCCCAGCCAGCAUCACAAGAACUUCCAGACCCAGACAUUUUUGCAUUUGAUAACGAGCAGCCGGACGCGACGGUCGCGAUUGACGUCAUGAACAGCAUCAACGUGGUGAUUAUCAACGAGUAUUUUAUGCUGGUCUUCAUGGGCACCCCCAUCCUGGCGGUGCUCCUGUUUCUUAUCCUGUGCAAAAGUAUCGUACUCGUAUAAAUGCAAGUCUUGCAUUACAAAUCUUGUUCCCGAGGCAAAUCCGCAUUACAAAUUUUCUUUCUCAUCAUGCUGAGGAAAUUUGUAAUGCAUUCAUACGAAUACGAUGCUUUUGCAAUUCAUAGUUCUCCAGGAGCUGCGAUUUUUGCAGCUCGGAACCGGCGCACCGAACGCCUACGCCACGUAUCAGCCGGUAGGAGCGACAUAAGAGGGUGGAAAAUACCUACUCCCCCGCCCCGUCGUUAUUUUGAACUGUAGUGGUAUCUACAACUUACUACAGCAACAGAGACACCAGCAACUAAUAUCGUACGAAAAAAGUGUUUCACUGUAAGGAUUUUGCAGGUUUUGUAUCACAAGUUUGUUCUACAUGACAGGGAAAAUUUGCCAUGCGAGGUUCCUAAGGGAAAACACAGCUAAAAAUCCACUGGCUUGCAUGUGUAGCAACACAAACACUUGCGAGAUGCAUUUUCUGCAUUACAAGUUUACAGUGAAACAGUUUUUUCUGGCGAUAACUAACACUGCUGGCGCAAUCGCAUGACAACUCGGCCAGUUGCGGAGAAUGCAGUGCUGUUUCGGGGGAACUUGCCAUGCACACACUGCCACGACGAGUCUAAGGCUACUAGAUUUGGUAUUUUGCAUUUAACGAAUCAUGGGGCGGGGUUGUAUGUUUGUCUUCGUGCACUCUCAUUCAACAAGCGGAACCACGCCCACGAUGACGGGGAGUGACCAGUUGGCGCAAGUAGCGACCCAGGGCACGAUGAACAACACCUCGCCAGCGCAAGAGCCAAGUGAGUCCGAUUCCAUGCUGACGUCGUUUGCGCUCUACGUUGGCUGCUAUUCUGAGUAAAAACGUACCCACACCAGAGUCAGGAUGGGGAUUUUGCAACACAAACCUAGGAGUUUUGUGAGUCACGCAUGACAAGUUGCACUAUGCAGUGUAGUGCAGGUUAGCAAGUGCAGCCGCAUCACAGAUUCAUCUGCUCAUCCUCUUCACAGCAUCACAAAUUCCAAAACACGACUGGAAAUGGCUCUCAUGGGGAUGCGCAGUACAAGUCUUCCUGUCUUUGCAAAUCUGCAUUACAACUCUGGUGUGGGUACGUUUUUACUCAGGAUAGCUGCAUCCUCCUGUUUAUCGGCGAGUUCGGAGUAGUACGAGAAAGUAUCGUGCAACUUUCCCUCCCUUCAUAAAAAUUUGAAAAAGACCGAAUACAUCAACUUCUUCUGCAAAAAUAUGGACACCAACAGCCACACGGCAGGCUCCGCAAGACGAGUGUUCGCAAGACAAGUGUUGUACACAUACAGUGUAGUACUGUUUUUUUUUAUUGGGCUUCAUCCGAAAAAAAGCUUCUCAUGCAAACAGGGCCAUGGGGCAGAGUUUAGAUUUGGUACUUCGCACGACAAAUUAUUGUGGGAAAUAAGGUUCUUGUUGUCGUGAACUUGCAUAAAAAACGGCAGGAAUCAACGUGCCGAUGAACGACGAAUUGGCGAAGUACAAUCCGUAUGCAAAAAUGCAAUAUAUGUCUUAAGGCGGUCUGGAAGGAAACUUGUGGAGAUGUGGAAUUGUGCAUGACCGGAACGCUUGCGAAUUCAGCCAAAGAGCAUGACAACUUGUUAAGACCACGCUCUCUGGUACUUAGAUGGCGCGCAUGAUGCACUACAGCAAAGCAGGGCGUGCCUUUUCGGUCAUGCAAUACAGUCAGAUUUUGAUUUGCAUUUGCCACCCCCACCAGGAUAUUGGCUAGACAAGCAUCUUCACAAGUCCCACUUUAUAUUUACUUCCAGACCCAGAAGACACCUGUGCAGCAGCAGUUGAUACUCCGGAGCCAAACGGUCACUUGGAGAGCGCGCACGACACCUGGGCAGCGUAUUCGAAAAAUUGGACCUACUGGAACUCCAUUCGGGGCGUCAACUCUGCGACCGCCUGCCUGCUGUUCACCUUCGUGAUAGCGGGGACGCCGUAAGUAGCUUGUCGAAAGAACAAGGGAACUCAAUAACUACGGGCUCGUGCAGACCGCAUUUAUUUUUAUAUUUCGGCAUUUCUUGCGAUGUGAAUUCCAAUUUGGCUCAACGAGAUUUGGUCCACGCAUGAUUAGUACACUGGAAUGAGUUCUAGGUCGGCGACGUGGUCUAUGGUCUGCUGCUCCCACUAGGUAGAGAGAGAGGUCUACGUUUUGUACGAGACGAGUCGUUCCUUUAAAGAAUGUGUUAACUUAAUUUUUUGGUAGACCUGCUACUACACUAGAGAAUCAGAAGAGGUCAUCUUCGUUUUUCCCUCGUGUAAAAAGCAACUGCAGGAGUACAAGAUGAUCAAAAUCGUAGCGGAUCGACCAGAUGAGAAUUGUCGUGUUAGAGUAUGUGAAGAUCUGGCUCUUAUACAGCAGCAGCUGUCCUCCGGAUCUGAUGAUCUGAAAAGCUCUUCGCGGUCUUUGCGGGGUGGUCUUUGACGCACAGCAAGCAGCAAGAUUAACGAAAUAUCGCGGAUUUUCGUCGUUCAUCCUGCUGUGAAAAGAUUGACAAAUUAUAAUGAUGAUUAUCAAAAAGAGACCCACAGGCAGUUGCGUCAGGAAAAUGAAAUAAAGUUUUUCAACAAAAAUUUAGAUGGACUAUUGCUUGGUGCAAAAAAAAACAACGCACGAGAAAAGGACGGCGAAGGCAGUUUGUUG